ACACCCGGGACUCAGAGCAAUAUAGGCAGCAUCCACAGCGCCGCAUGCAGUUAGUUCUCCACCGGGCCGCAGCCGCGCGGUUCCCCGCUCCAAGGUGAAUCCUCACACGCAUCCGCACGUACGCACGCCCGCUGGCGGGGCACAGUCUCCGCAGACGCGAUGUUGCUGAAAGUGGCCGUGGCGCUGCUGCUUCUGUCGGUAUUGGAGCAAGUCAUGGGCUCGGAUAAUAUCGACAUUUACGACACUCCACCGGAGAAGCCCGUCAUCCAUAAAGGACGUCUCUCCUUACAGAACACAGCCGAGAUUCAGCACUGUCUGGUGAGUGCAGGAGACGUCGGCUGCGGCGUGUUCGAGUGCUUUGAGAACAAUUCCUGCGAGAUACGAGGGCUCCAGGAGAUCUGCAUGACGUUCCUGCAUAAUGCUGGCAAAUUUGACUCUCAGGGGAAGUCCUUCAUCAAAGAUGCUCUGAAAUGUAUGGCCCAUGGGCUUCGUCAUAAGUUCAGCUGCAUCAGUCGGAAGUGUGUGUCCAUUAAGGAGAUGGUGUUCCAGCUGCAGAGAGAGUGUUAUAUCAAACAUAACCUAUGCUCAGCCGCUAAGGAGAAUGUGGGAGUGAUGGUGGAGAUGAUCCAUUUCCAAGAUCUCUUCCCUAAAGGUCCUUAUGUGGAGUUGGUGAAUAUUCUGCUGGGCUGCGGAGAAGAAGUGAAGGAGGCAUUAACCCGUAGCGUCCGACUCCAGUGCGAGCAGAACUGGGGAGCUCUGUGCGACAGCCUCAGCCUCUGCUCCUCAUUGACCCCGUCGCCGUCCGGUUCGGCCGUCGAACACCGCCGCCCCUUACCCCCUCAGCCGGAGCACCCUCGCCCCCUGCGAAACGGGGACAAGGGCGGGAAGGCGGCAUUCCACGGCCACCUUCGCGGUCGCAACCAGGGACUGCGACGCCAGGGUCCGGAUGCCGGAGUGGUGGCUGAGCAGGAAGAUCCCGAGGCGGCUGACAUCCGGAGGUGAAAAUGCAGGCGAUGAUAACACUGAUAACCCCGACACCAUUUGAAUAGCACACUUGUACACGAAUGGACAUUUUCACAUGCACACGUUUUCCAGUCAUUCCAGCAGUCCCACAUAGUAAACUUGCAGGGUAAAUGUGGCAUAGCAUGUAUAGUCACACCUGACUGUAGGCCACUUUUUUUUUUUUUUUUUUUUUUUUUUUUAAUGAAUGAUUGUUAUCACAAUUUAUUUGGAUUAAGUGUAUUUUGACUCUAAUAUAGCAUUUCUCUAGUCAUACUUACUGUUUUGAUUUGACUGUAUUUGUAUUAUUUAUUUUAUUCUUAAUGCAAUGUUGAAAUAUCAAAAUGUACAUAGUAAAAAAAAAAACAAUCUAUAUUUAUAUGAACAUGUAUAAAUAUAGCGGAAAUAUACAAUAGCUAUAAUAUGUUUGAAAUAGUAUACGGCGUGCUGUUGUUGUCCUCACAGCAUUGCACCUAUCACAUGUUCUGUAGAUAUGUAACAUACACCGUUUGUUGUAAUGUGUAUUGUAAUGUAUAGAUACUUGAUAGUGAAAUACAAAAUUGUACAGGUCUGAAGUCCAAUUCUGGCACAUAUGAAUAACCGUAGUGCAUAAUAGCCAUGAUGCCAACAGAGGUCACUCAAACUGCUAACUGAUGGAGGGUUAAAUAUUGGAGGCUAAGCUAAAGAUUUUAAUGUAAAUGCAGAAAUAGAACAGUGUUCCCGUUUUCCCGGUCGUCUUGUCACACACUCAAAGGGUCCUAAAUAUGUCAUAUGCAAAGAAUCAAUGAAUGUUCUGUUUUUAUGAGCCACAAACAAUUACGCUAUUGCACUUUUGUCAGCUUCUGAUGGACUGCUGAAACCGUAUGAUCCGCCAACCCUUAAACUCAUUUCAUUUGAGCAAGCCUCCGUCUUUAUCGACCACCGUGUUCCGGAUGUCAUUGCACCUUCAGGGGGCUGGAUUGUUGACACGGCGCCUUCAUCGCACCUUUUUGAACGUAGCCCCCUCACCGGGUCACAGGAAGGCUCGUUAUGGCGCCUGUUUGAGCUGCAGGUGAUGCAGCAAGGACCCAGGAACUGGGUUAAGUCCACACAUGGCGUACUGUUAUUCUAAAUGUUAUAUUUACAGAGGCCACUAGAGAAUUCCUCUGGGCAACGGCCAAGAGCUUGUAACACCAAGCUGGCCUGUGUAGGAAGAAGCAGUGAGACAACCUUUUUUUUUUUUUUUUUUUUAAUUCUUCCCUCAGGUCAUUGACACAUUUGACCUUUUAAGGCCAGUUUAAUUCUGUCGAAGUGGAAGUGAAGCACUAAUAAGUGAGCAAAAUCCAAUCAAUCAACACAUUUCUGUUUCAUCCAAUGUAUAACUUAUCCCUGCAAGUCAUUUAGAGACUUAUCUUUUUUUUGUGUGUGUGGAGGUUGGGAUUCCAGUGACAUCCCAGCAUAAGACAUAAGCUAUAUUUUAUUGAAAAUGUACUGUAUAUGUGUAAUGUGACUUUUAACUAUGUAGUGGCCUUUCUUUUCAGACAAUAAACUGUGUUUCUUGUAGUAUCAA